GCUGCUUUUCGUGUGGUCGUCGGGGGUUUAUUCCGAGCGUAAACGUUCAAAUAUCCCAAAGAGUUUCACUGUCCUGACAUUAGUAAACUGUUGUAGAUUAGAUUAGCAUCCCGAGCUAAAGCUAGUGAUUGAGAGCUCGCAACAGCUAACGUUACCAACACGUAAAUACUGACUUCACUCCCCGCCAGCCUCAGUUAGCUUAAAGCUCAACACACAGCCGGCUGCUAAUUAAAUGUGAACCACUGACUGUGUAAUGUUGCGAAGGGGAGCAGAACAUUCUGCCGCUCCGGACCAGCAAACAAGAUGAUGGAGCUACCCAACUACAGCAGCCAGCUGAUGCAGCAGCUGUGGGCGCUGAGGAAGGAGGGCCACUUCUGUGACUGCACCAUCCUGGUGGGAGACAGCCCUCACCGAGCUCAUAAACUGGUUUUAGCCGCCUCCAGCAUGCUCUUCAGGUCUCUCCUGGAUGGCUCCGACACCAUCUCCAUUGAUACAACCAUGGUGUCCUCACAGGAGUUCGGCUGUCUGCUCGACAUGGUCUACACCGGCAAGCUGCCUCUCGGCAAACACAACGUAAGCCGCAUUGUCGCCGCUGCAGACAGCCUGCAGAUGUUUGACGUGGCUGUGGGCUUCAAAAACAUCCUCACCAGCCUUGUAAACCCACAGCCCCCAGUCCCAGUCCUCUCUACACAAACCCAGAGCCCCACCGCGAUCAACAAAGCCCAGAGCACGAACCCUGGAGGUUCAGCUUCCCCCAACAAGGAUGAAUCAAAGUCAGACAAGACAGAGCUCAAGCCUGAGCUGAAGCAGGAGGACUGUCAGAGUGAGGGUGAAGACGCAGAGGAGCCAGCAUGUAAAAGAACCUGCGUGGAGCUCUCCGAGUCAGCAGAGGCUGAAGAAGCCAGAACCUCAGAAAGCGUAGAGGAAGAAACCAACACGACAGCAGCCGAGGUAUCGAAUGGGCCUGCAGCUGGUCUUCUGGAACGUUCCUCUCAGCUUGUGGAGCUCCUCGCCAACAUGUCAUCUGUCCUGGAGUUGCUGAGCCAGGCAGCGCAGAGAAGCCUGGGUGAAGAGGAGAGGCAGGUUGUGUGUCAGUGCUGUGAGGAGGCAGAUUCCAGCUCAGCGCUGAAGAAGCUGAUGAGCAGAGUGAAGGAGGAGCAGCUCAGCGAGGGAGCGCUACUCAGGCUGCUCCUGGCCGUCCAACAGAAAGCUCCCUCCUCCUUCCCCACACCGCUGCUGUCUCUGCUGGAGGAGGUGGAGACGAACACACAGGAACACACAGAGGAAAACCAAACUGCAGUUGCGUCUGAAAAGCAGAACGGAAGCACAAGUGAAGAAAAGCAGGAGGAGACAGAGGAAAACAGUAAGGAAGAGGAGGAAGAAAACAGUAAGGAAGAGGAGACCGAAGAGGAGGACAAAGUCAAAAAUGCUACGACAGGUUCUUCCUCUCCUCCCCCCUCCCCCUCCUCUUCCACCUCCCCCUCCAAGCCCUACUCCUGUCGCUGGUGCAAGAGGGGUUUUGCCUACAAGUGUCGAAUGCUGGCCCACAUAAAGCGUUGCCCAUUGUCCCAGGAGUGUGAGCAGCAGUGCCCAGAGUGCCCAGAGAAACUGGCCAACCAGCGGGCCCUGCAGCGCCACCGGGCCGAGGCUCACCGCAACACCGCACGCGUGAAGAAGAAGGUGGCCUGUGACCUCUGCGGGCGAACCUUCGCCCAUCCCUCAGGCAUGAUUUACCACAAACGCACCGAGCACUUUGAAGAGAAACCGUUUGCUUGUGAGGAAUGCGGCGCAAAGUUUGGCGCCAACUCGUCUCUGAAGAAUCACAUGAGGCUGCACACAGGAGAGAAACCGUACCAAUGUAAACACUGCGACAUGAGCUUCAGCGUGGCUGCUGCACUCGCAUACCACACCAAGAAGAAACACUCCGAGGGAAAGAUGUACGUGUGUCAGUACUGUAAGGCCGUCUUCGCCCAGUCCAUUGAGCUGACACGUCACGUGCGAACACACACUGGCGAUCGGCCCUACGUGUGCCGAGAAUGUGGCAAAGGUUACAGCCAGGCCAGCGGACUCACCGUCCACCUGCACACCUUCCACAAUCUGUCGGAGCCUCAUGACUGUCAGAAGUGUUGUCUCAGCUUCUCCUCGUUGGAGGAGCACCGCCAGCACAUCCAGGAGUUCCACCCAAAGGAGUACCACAAGUGUCCCACCUGCAACAAGUUGUUCACCAGCGCCGCCCUGCUGGACAAGCACAAGGGCACGCACGCUGGGAGCAAGCCAUUCAGCUGUGACCUCUGCAACAAGUCUUACCAGCAACUGUCAGGCCUGUGGUAUCACAACAGGACCAACCACCCUGAUGUGUUCGCUAGCCACACGCGACAGCUCAAGACCCUGGUCCAGUGUGACGUCUGCUUCAAGUUCUUUCCCAGCGCUGCCACUGUGGCCAAACACCAGGCUGCUGAGCACCAAGGCUCAGCAGCGUCGGCGUUGCACUGUCCGUACUGCCCGGCCGUGCUGGGCGGGGAGGAGGAGAUGCAGGAGCACAUCAGCAGCCAGCACGUCAGUCAGGCCAGCGAGGCGUUCAGCUGCCCCUUCUGCUCCCUGCUGUGCUCCUCCCAGAUGGAGCUGCAGGAGCACCUGCUCGCCUGCCACAUGGAGACCCAGGAGGAGCAGGAGGUCGGAGAGGAGCAGGCCUCCACCUCCCACACAGUGAUUGCAGCAGAUCCAGCAGGCAGCAAAGGGGCGGAGUCAAUCAUCUCUGAGGAGCAGCCACUGCUGGCAGCAGCACAGCAGGUGUUAGUGGCUCUGUCAGGUGGCAGAGAAGGAGUGUCGUCAGCAGAGGUGGUGGAGGUCAACAUGUACGACCUGCUGAACAGCUCAGUCGCCUUCAUCUGUGAGGACAAACCUUCAGGUUCUGACUCUUAACUUUGACCCCUGGACGAUCACUCUGAACUCAGACUUCAUGCACAAGCCAAGGACUCUAAGUGAUGUCUAUUUAUGUUUAGUCAAAAAAAGUCUUAUCUGUGGUAGAACCUGUUUUGCAUUUUUAAUUAGAUGUGCUGAUACAGUGUUUCACGUUAGUUUAUUUUCAGAAACCCAGGUCAGUUUAUUGGAUUGCGCCCAAAGAGCACACCAAAACAGAAAAACAAAGCUGAGCUUCCUCAGGCUGCCUCGUUUCUAUCUGCUCCAGUUACUACACUUCCCAUACAACAGUCCCCUGGAGACCAAAUGUGGACUUUAAAUCAAAGCUAAAGGCCUCACUGUGAGUGGACAAGAGUGCAAAAGUUCUUGACCUUUAAAAAAAAGUUUUCAUGGCUUAAACUUUUAUAGUUUUUUAUGAGCUUUUAACUGCAACUCUGCAAACUCCAUUCACUGAUUAAGUCUGACGUGUGAGAGAGUGUGCUCACUGAAAAAUAACUUUUUCUGCAUUUUCUCUCCUAUCGCAUCGCCUCUUUUAUUCUCCAGGUGAGGAAAGGUUAAAUCCACAGUAGGCCUGGGCGGUAUGUAAUCUUUCAUACCUUUAUACCUUCCUAAAAUUUCUCCCCCUGACAGCGAGUGCGCUACUUACUUUGAGCUUCUCAGACCAAAAAAUACACAACAGAAACCCACAAAAUGUUAAAAAAAAAAAUUCUCACACCUAUUUUCCCUAAUCAACAG